AUGAAUCUAGAGAAGGCCAUCCUGAAAGUCAUGGCGGAUGGAAUGCUGAAUGAUAUCGUAUCCUCAAGAGCAUAUGAAUGGUUAUUCAGGCGAUACGAACGACUCUUCAAGGAUAAGAUAGUGAUGGAUGUGGGUUGUCGAAGUGGAUUACUUAGCAUGAUGAGCGUGGAGGCGGGGGCCGUCAAGGUCAUAGCUCUGGGCAAUAUGGAAAGUGCCGACUUAGUUAAGAAGGCAAUUUCCCACACCGAAAAGGAGGAUAUCUUUGAGUUCGUCAAGGGUGACAUUGAUGAGAUCCUUUUGCCUUGUGGCCUCAAGAAAGUGGAUAUUAUAGUGUCCGAGUGGAUAGGCCACUCGAUUUUUGUGGACUCCCUUUUUAAGGAUGUAAUCUAUGCCAGAAAAAAAUGGCUUGUUAAAGGCGGUCUCAUUGUUCCCAAUGUGGCUCAGCUGUUUGUCUGCGGAAUUGCUGAGCAUCGGCGAGAAACCAUCGAAGUGAAUAUUCUUCCCCAAACGGAUUAUCCCGGUCGGAGUUAUAUGGUCAAGGAACCCGUGUGUCUGAUAGAGGAUUAUGUGGCCAAGGACCAGCUUGUCACCGAAAAGUUUCUCCUCAAAACUAUCGAUCUCUGCACUGCCAAUGCAUCUGAUGAGGAUUUUAGGGUUCCCUUCAAGCUGAGGGGUCUGAAGGACAGUCCACUUGGAGCUGUGGUCCUCUAUUCGGAUAUUGGAUUCUCCCGACCCAUUGGCAAAUUUAGGCGUUUGUUCUCCACCAGUCCCAAGAAACCUUGCACCUAUCUGAAGCAGACCAUAAUCUUUGUGGACGAUCCCGUUGAGGUGGCCAAACAUGAGCUGGUCGAGGGUGUCCUUGGAAUGUACUACAGUCCCGAAGAGCAUCGCGAAGUGGAGUAUUCCCUGUCCUUCGCCGGUUUCGAAGCAGAAUACUCAACAACAGAGUCGGAAGAAGCCGAAGAUGUUUCGGAAUCAGAUUUUGAGCCAGAGGAGGACGUGGAUUUGAGCGAAAUAAAAGAGGGCUCAUGUUGAUGUA